AUGCGCUUGCCCCAAGUGCGAACGUACCGGCUGAAAGAACUCAUCGGCGAAGCCAUCCCCCCGUAUGCCACCCUUUCGCACACAUGGUUAGAGGAGGAUUUCUUAAUGGAUCCGCUGAAAAUCCAGAAGGGCCAUGAGGAGGCUCGUUCCGAUGAGCACAAAUGGAUUUGGGUUGACACUUGUUGCAUCGCCAAGACUUACAGCGCUGAAAUAUGGGAAGCCGUCAAUUCCAUGUAUGAUUUUUAA